AUGGAUAAGGAAAAUUUCCGUUUCUACAUUAAAGUGCGUACUGCACUUGAUAUUCAAGCAAGAACUAUUCAUGAUGAAUUAUACACUGUUUUUGGUAACAAAGCUCCUUCUUAUAGAACAGUUGCUAGAUGGUCUCAACGGUUUCGUGAAAGUCGAGAAGAGGUUGAAGACGAAGAUCGACCUGGUAGACCUGUGACCGAGACAACUUCUGAAAAUAUUGAACAAGUUCAAAGCAUUAUCGAUGAUGGUCCUUUUGUUGCAGUCGAUGAACUGCAAGAGCAAACUGGUCUGGGUCAUGCCACCGUAUAUCGAAUAGUAUCCGAUCAUUUGAAGCUGAAAAAGAUUACCGCUCGUUAUGUACCUAAAUAUUUGUCCGAUUCUCAACGAGCUGAACGAGCUCGAAUAUGUAAAGAAAACUUAGCAGAAUUUGAAUGA